CUGCGGAGGGUUGAAAAGUUUUGACCAUGAACUUUGCGGAUCUCGACGCAGUGACCGCCGCUGAGAUACAGCGGAGUCCCGGAGAGGCUUCAGCGAUGGGGACCGCGGGACUGGAGCGCUGAGGCGGUACCCGGAGCGGGCACCGGGACCCCGAGAUGGCGACCUGCGGACCAUCAGCUGCCAACCGGUCUGAGGGGCUGAACGGCAGCGCUUUCCGGGACUCUGAGCCACUUUACUCCCAUAGCGCCGCUGCUCUGGUUAUCACUGUGGUCGCCAUCACCAUCUCCCUGACCAUCCUGGGCAAUGUGCUGGUGGUGGUGGCGGUGCUCACCAGUAGAGCCCUCAAGGCUCCUCAGAACCUGUUCCUGGUUUCCUUGUCCUCGGCUGACAUCCUGGUGGCCGCCCUGGUCAUCCCCUUCUCCCUGGCCAGCGAGGUGAUGGGCUACUGGCAGUUUGGGAGCACCUGGUGUGGGAUCUACCUCUCUCUGGAUGUCCUCUUCUGCACCUCCUCCAUUGUCCACCUGUGUGCCAUCAGUCUGGACAGGUACUGGUCAGUGACCAGGGCCGUGCAAUACAACCCCAAAAGGACUCCCAAGAGAAUUAAGCAAAUGAUCGGCAUCGUUUGGCUGAUAUCUGCUGUCAUCUCCCUCCCACCCUUGGCUGCCAUUGACAACAACAGCAGUAACACGGGCUGCUGUGAGCUCAAUGAUGAUACUUGGUACAUUCUCUUGUCUUGUACGGUCUCCUUCUUCGCUCCUUGCAUGAUCAUGAUCUUAGUCUAUUUCCGGAUCUACCGAGUGGCCAAACAGAGGACAUCCAGUGUAUCAGGGACCAGGAGUGGGGCGAGCAGGCAAACCUCCCAUCCCGAAACAUGCUUUGCCAACAAGGCUAAGGUUGAGCCAGAAACCCCCAGCACAAUGAGCUCAAUCAGCAACCAGAGGCAAGAGGAGUUGGAGGACAUUGAUUUGGAAGAGAGCCCAUCCUCUGAGCACAAGGUGAGCAUCUCCAGAGACCUCAGCGAGAGGAAGCACCAAACGUCAAUCAACUCUGCCUCCAAGACUAAGAGAACCCGCUUGGGCUGGACCAGCGACCGAGCCGGUCAGAGAAAGUGUCCCAGGUCCAACAUGAGCAAAAAUAAAAUGGUUCAACUGAGGGAGAAACGCUUCACCUACGUCCUGGCUGUGGUGAUAGGAGUUUUUGUGAUCUGUUGGUUCCCCUUUUUCUUCACCUACAGUCUUAAAGCCAUCUGCAGGAAGAGUUGCUCAGUGCCUGGCCCUCUCUUUAAAUUUUUCUUUUGGUUCGGCUACUGCAACAGUUCCUUAAACCCCAUCAUUUACACCAUCUUCAACAGAGACUUCAGGAAGGCUUUCAAGAAAAUCCUUUUCAGAACGAUCGAGCACCCUUUGUAACUGCAUGUCACCCACAGCUGUGUGUGUGUGUGUGUUUAUACUGUUUAUGCAUGAGCUUUGGUAUUUUGCUGUCUCUUUAUUUCAUUUUUUUCAAACUUAAUCUGAUCAGGAGAAAUAACCAUAAACGUGUGAGCCGGACACACACAAUAAAUCUGAAAUGACCUUCAUUUCUCCCAAAGGCUGAAAGUGAUUUAUUAAAGGGCUUAUCGUUUUUGCAACAAAAAAGUACAGUAUGUGUUGACUUUAUUUUUUAAA